AUGUGGGGGAGUGAACGUGUGGCAGCCCUAGAUUGGGGAAGUUUCUACCUACGUGAGGAUAUGCAUGUAUUAUUGGUCAAUGAUACAUGGUCACUCUGUCCACAACCAGUUGGUCAUCACAUUGUUCGCAAUAAAUGGGUUUACAAGAUUAAACAAAAACCUGAUGGUUCAGUUGAUUGGUCCAAGGCACUUUUUGAUCUUGGUUUUACUGGCUCGCAUGUUGACUACUCCCUCUUCACUCUUCACAGAGAUAAACUGCAUAUUUUUAUAUUAGUUUACGUCGAUGAUAUAAUUGUCACAGGCAAUGAUGAUUCUACAAUUUUUUCUAUUAUUUCACAAUUGAAGUUUGAGUUUGUGAUAAAGGAUUGGUGUGGCUUGAGCUAUUUCUUGGGGAUAGAGGCCGCACGUGAUGAUACUGGCUUGCAUCUAUGUCAGUCUAAAUAUAUUGCUGAUUUACUUGAUUGCGCCAAUAUGGUUGGUGCUCGGUCUUACAAAGUUCCUUGCAUUUCUUACUCCAAAAUGUCCAAAUUUGAUGGUGAUUUAUUAAAUGAUCCCUCUGAAUACCGUCAUAUUGUCGAGGCUCUACAAUAUGUUACCAUUACAUGUCCUGAUAUUGCAUACUCCGUCAAUCAGUUAUGUCAACAUAUGCAAGCUCCCACUAGCACUCAUUGGACUUCAGCCAAGAGAGUUCUUCGGUAUUUAAAGCAUAAUACUGAUUUUGGACUUCACUAUAAACCAAGCAUUAUUGCUUUACAUGCCUUUUGUGUCUCGGACUGGGCGAGUAAUCCGGAUGAUAGCCGUUCUUCUAGUGGCUAUGGCAUCUUUAUUGGGCAGUGUUUAGUUUCUUGGUCUUCUAAGAAACAACUUGUUGUUUCUCGAUCCAGUAAUGAAGCAGAGUAUAGAAGUCUAGCCUUAACAACUGCUGAAGUAUAUUGGGUUCGCAUGCUUUUAUGA